ACCAGUCAGGUCGGUGUCAAGAGAUGUGAAGGAUGAAUUUUAUUUUCAGCCCACUUUUCAGCUGUCAGAGAAGACGAACAAGAAAAUAGUGAUGUUAGUAGCAACACCACCAAUGACGAAGAAUCACCAAGACUGUUAAUGAUUUCUGCAAUCGUCGCGGUGCUCUUGCUGACGGCAGCUGUCGUGGUUGUCGUUGUUUACUUCAGACGCCAGAGGACGGACGGUGACGCUGGCAGCAAAAAAAGCUCCAUUAGCAGAGAACCUCUGAGUUCUAUAGCUAUGGUCACCAACGAUCUCUACGAGAUGACAGAUGUUAUUCAGUCCACCGAGGACAACAUCUCUUUACAAGACCUGGACCCUCCACAGGACCACGACACCUACUACUGUAUGGUUCAGAACACGAACAGAGGUCACGAGGUGUACACACAGGCAGACCCGGGAGGUCUUGAGCAUCAGGGAUGUGCUAACCUCCGUGGGAGAGAAACUUAUGAGAAUGUACAUCUAGGCAGUGUUCACCCACAGGCUCAACAACCUCUUACCCUGGAUGUUUCCUUACAGGACUGUAAUGAUCAACCACAGGAGGCUAAUAAUUACUGUAAUUACUGCCCCUGAGUCAGCGAAAGGGUCUUUUGAAAACGUGCUUGUCCUGGAUGACUAUUAUUUCUGAGCAUACCUCCGUUGUUGUUAAGCUUUUAUAAUAAUAAAUGUUUCCUAUUUUAAGCCACCACUAGUUGAAAAUUUUAUCACAAGAAACUAUUAUUCGAAGUAAUAAAAUUAAGUCCCUGUCGUCUGAAAAUAAAAAUACUUGUGCUUUCAAAUAAGAAAAGAUGGUCACUGAAAAUCACUCAAACUGUCAUCCAUGUAUUUGCUUAUCUACA